CAUAAGCCUAAAAUUGCCGUAAGCCAGAACAUUGUCGAAAAUCUUAUAAACUCCUAAGAAAACCUUACUUGUAAUGCUUUGUGUGUAUUAAAAACUAUGUAAACUGCAUUUUUAUUGUAAUGUUCAUCAAAAAACCUUCAAAUAUGGAUUAUUUUGCCUUCCUUCAGAUCGGCUUCAUAAGUGGCGUAACCCUGGAACGUGUCGUAAACCGGGAAAUAAAUUUUUGGUGAAUAAAAUUGAAAAGCAUCGUAACCUCAGAAUGUUGUAAGCAGAAAUCUUCGUAAACCGGGGACUGCCUGUACAUAGCUAUGAGCAGCUCAGUCACUUGCAUGACAAAUGUUUGCCUAAAGCUGUGUCCAACACUAAUCCUUCACUUUUGAUGAACUAGUUAUUUCCUAGCCAGUUGAUAUAAGCUAACCCAUGUGAUGGAGUUCGUUUUCCAAGGUUAGCACAGGGAGGCUGCUUAGAUCACCUAUCCUUCAUUAUUAAGCUCACUUGAAUUUCCCACUUCUUAAUUGCUAUAUUAUAAUUGAAAGUACUUACACGUGUGUGAAAAAGAAAGUGAAAAGAAAUAGAAAAUGAUUAAUACUGACAGUUAAACAAACAAAUUAAUGUGUACUUAAAUGUUUAACAAUGCAAGUCAGAAAAACAGGCAUUGUUCGCAUUAUAGGAAAUGCAAUGUCUCUUUGUCGUAUAGAAUAGAUUUUCCUGAAAGCAGAGGAAUGACAAUGUAAAUAAUCGAUUGCUUCCACUUAUCACUGUAACUCUGUAGCAAAUACUGGUGGUGCACCAGUAGUUACAAGGAAUAUUGAAAACUUUUAGAAUAAGUUUACGUAAGCUUAUUCUUAUAUCUUGUGUCACUGAUUAUGAUUGUUCAUAUUAUCAUAUGUACUUUUGAUUGUGGAAACACAACUAGACAUGAUUUUAGAAAAAACUAGUUACGACAUGGAAUGGCCAAGGAGUCUUCUUAUGACCAUUUAAGAAUUAGAAGAUGCACCAUUUCAAAUCCGUUCAACUUCUGCAGUGCAAGACAACAAAUACACUACGUACUGUACUGUGUACUGACCAAAGGUUAAUGGGAAGAAUAACCAUCUGCACGGAUUGCUGCCAGGCUUCCCAACAUGGAUGAUAUGCAGCGACUCACAACUGCAGCUUGUGCAGAUCUGGAAAGACUGGCAGCUGCAGCAGCUACAAUGGGAUACUCUUCUGAUUCCAUUCCCGUUACAGCACAUCACCUGCCAAAUUCAGUACCAUCAAGUACUAUAGCUCCUUCUAUUGUUCCUCAGUAUGCAGAUGCCUAUGAUUUGUCACGGGCCCAGCAGUAUGCUGUAGCGAGACUUAGUGACUAUCAGCCUCGUGCUGUUUAUGAUCAGUCAAGAACAGCUCACCCAACCACAACUCAGCAGCAACAUAUUGUUACUCCUGUUCAUGCUUAUACAGUGUCUAGAACUUCUCAGUAUGUUGUGGAUAGAUCAAAUUUUAAUCAGAUAGCCAGCAGACCUCAGCAAUAUGGCUCAGUACCUCCAGCUUCCAACAGUAAUACCACUGCUAUGCCAACUUCUGUUCAGUAUGAUGUCAAAACAGUGAAUGCAGCUCCAUCUGGAGUUCCUGUUUCCCAGGCUACGUUAAUUCCAACCUCAGCCUCAACAUCUACCAACUUGGUAAGUCAACCCAUGAUGCAGUAUGUACCAGAUAGCUCAGGAUUUGAGUCCACUGGAAAUGUGGCACCUCAGUCUCAAGAAAAGAGGAAGAAAAAGGAGAAAAAAAGUGAGAGUGAGACAAAGGAAAAGAAAGACAAGUCAUCAGCUGAAGGAGAAGCACCAGUAGUUGACCAAACAAAUCCCUCUGCUGAUGCAAAGAGCACGGUUACAGAAAUUCCAGAACCUGUGGUUGUGGAUGGAAGGAAGCAUUAUAUCUGUAAUUUGUGUGAUCUUGGAUUCCUUCGAAAGUAUCAGUUUAGAAGACACUUAAUUGCGCACACAGGUGAGAAAAGGGGAGCUUUAUCACUUGAAACAAAAGUAGAGAUAAUUCGCCGCAUUCAGUCAGGUGAAAAACAAGUUGACCUGGCAAUGGAAUAUAGUGUUGGAAGGUCAACAUUAAGCUUUAUAAUGAAACAUGCAGAAAAGUUUUUAGGAGUUUGGAAAAAUGGAAAAUUUCAUCCUGAUAGCAAGAGAUUGCGAGGUGCACAGAGAGAGGAUGUGGAGGAAGCAUUGUAUGAAUGGUACAAACAAGCAAUACAAAUAAAUGCACCUGUGACUGGGCCCAUUCUUUGCCGUAAGGCCAAAGACUUUGCUGUAAAGUUAGGUUACAAAGAGUUCAAAGCUACUCAUGGAUGGCUUGACCGAUUCAAACAUAGGAAAAAUAUUGUCCUUGGUCGGGGUAAACCUAUUAAGGAUAAAGAAAAUCAAGAAGAUGCUGAGGAGUUAAAAGGAGACUUUACAACCCAGGUCUUACCUUCUGCAUUGGUGGAAUAUGAAGCUAAUGAUGUGUUCCAUGCAGAUGAAAUUGGCUUGUUAUAUCGUAUAUUGCCCAAUAAAACAGCAACAUUUAAGGGCGAUCGUUGUGCUGGUGGCAGUAAAAGUAAACACAGAAUUACUGUUUUAUUGUGCACCAAUAUGACUGGUACGGAAAAGUUUCCCUUGUUAGUUAUUGGGAAACAUCCGAAACCAAAAUGCUUUAAAAAUGUCAAAUCUCUUCCAGUACAAUAUUUGUCAAAUCCUAAGGCAUGGAUGACAAUGGAAAGUUUUCUUGCAUGGCUUCACGAUUUAGAUUCUUGGUUUGUUCAACAGAACAGAAAAGUUUUAUUAAUACUGCCAAAUCUCCCAAUUCAUCCAAAAGUCCCUAAACUGAAUGCUGUUCGAAUAGUAACCAGUCCUGCCUCUUUUGUUGGACCUUUCAAACUUGGGGUUGCUCACUCAUUGAAGCGAAACUACCGUAGGGCUGUUUUAGAGACGCUGAUAAACCUCAUAGAUGAGGAAAAUACAAAAAAGAAAAGAAAAGGUAAACAUUCCCAAAUGCAAUUAAAUCUUUUAUCUUGUUUACAUCUUCUUGCUGCAGCUUGGCAUGCUGUUACAGACGUUACAAUCAACAACAGCUUUCAGAGAGCAGGUAUUGGAAAAUAUGGUAUAUGGGGGAUGAACUUAAUUCCAGAAACUAACUUAGGAACAGAAAACUUGGAACUUCUUCAUAAAAUCAAGUCAAAAGGUUUCAAGAUUCCUGAUGGAGUUACAUUUGAUGAGUUUGUGACUUUUGAUGAUGAUGUGCAGGUAUGCCAUUUGAUGGAUGAUGAGGACAUUAUUGCUGCAGUGACGGGUGCAGACGUAGAAUCAUCAGAUAGUGAAGAUGAAGCAUCUGAGGUUGAAAAAACAAAAGGAGGAAAAGUAAAAGAGGAGUCUGUAGAGGAAAGCACUGUAGAACCAGCAGAAGAAGUGGAAAGUGGUCCUGCUAUGACCGAAGUGGAUGCAAGUUUAGGUACCCUCAGACAGCACAUCCAAUACCAGGAGGGUGCUCAAGAGAUGUUCCGUGUCUUAGCUCAUCUGGAAUUCCUCAUACACAAAGGAACUAGUAAGCCACCUGUUGCUGUUGCAUCCUAUGAAACAGCAAUGUAAAUUUUUCCAGAGGUUCUCAAGUGUAAACAAGAAUUAAAGACUUCAUUCAGCAAUUUGUGUAGAAGCUUAUUACUUAAGUGGUGUCAAGUGAUAAUUGUCAAAUGAACACCAUGUAUGCAUUGUGUUGUAAAUAUGCAUUUAUGCUUUAAUUGCAGACUUGUGCAUCUUCACACACUUUCUGGAUUCAGUUUUAACUGUUUUGUGUAUACUGUAUAUAAUGUACAGGAAUGUCCAGAUUCAGCAUUACCAGACUAUUUUUUCAAUAACAUGACUAACUUCCCUUUGAAAUAUGGUAAUAGGAGUUGUGUGUAAUGCCUUUAUAAGAAAUUGGUGACUUGUACAUACUUGUAGUGCUCUUAAUACAGGGUUUGUUUAUAAAAUUUUGUAUUUGAGUAGCUCUUACUUAUUUUAUUUUUUUAUAUUCAUUAAAACUCCUUGAUGCUGAAAGCUGUUUUUAGCCAAUCAAUUUUUACUGCUUUUUGAAGUGUCGGUUUCCUUUAAAUGAAUGAAAGUUUUUGGGUAAACAGCUGAGAGAGAGAGAGAGGAGAGGAGAGAGAGAGAGAGAGAGAGAGAGAGAGAGAGAGAAUCUGAUUAACUCUGGUAUAUAAGGAAAUUAAUGUUGUUUGUUUGAACAGCAUCAAGCCCAUUUAUUUUCAAGGCUGAAAUGUACAACCUUAGUUAUGUAUGAUACAUUUAUAUGCUCAAAAUAAUGUUAAUACAAACUAUAAUUUUAUAUAUGUUAUUAUUGCCAACACUCUAGUUGAAAGUGAGGCUUGUAAUUGUAAAACAGCAUAGUAGAAUUUCAAAACAAAGCUUAUAGGUGUCUGGGGUAUCUGUGAAUUAAUAAUACAUUUGUUGGAACAUACCCUUUUAAUUCUAAGAAAACUAAGGACUUAGGUAACCAAUUACACCAAAGGGUAAAAAAUUGAUAAAUUAGUUUUUCUCCAAACACAAUCACAUUUAACAUUUUAUCAAAAAAGAUAAAAUACACAAAAUAAAAAAAUGUAUCUGUACCAGAAAAUCCCAAGUGAUAUGAAAGAGAAAACUAUUAAGUACUGUAGGGAGAUUUAAUAUCUACAAUCUGAUUGACUGCCACAGCUCUGUUGGUAUGGAUGUACCAUUUCUCAACAAAGUACCUACUGUCAAGUGUUUCUUGUGACUUACAGUUAUUACAUACUAUUUGGCAACUUUGUGUUUACAGCCAACUGUUCAAAUUCUGUUUGAAGGAAAAAGGAUUAUGCAUUUGGAGUGCCAAAUAUGAUUACAUAUUAAGCGAAUAAGCUGAUAACAAUAUACAUUAGGUUAAAUUCAUAAUAAAAUUAGUACUCAGCUUAGAAAACCAAUCAGUUUGGUAAAUUAAACUUUGCUAAGAAAAACAUGGAAGGUAAUUGUAUUGCUCCUCAAGUGGCCUGUGUAACAAGAAAGAGCUUUAUGGUAAACUAAUAAUAAAUUGCAAUGAUACUUUUCAUGCAGGUUGUCAGUUAUUUGGGAAUUUUCAAAAUGCCAUUAACAAAAAAUUUUGUAACUAGCAUAGAAAUUAUUUCUUUUCAUGAAAAUUAAAACAACCUAAAUGGAUAAGUACUUGAACUAAAUACUACUAGGUCAGUGCUGAUUAUGUAAUGUUGGAAGUGGUAGCAACCUCAUGCUCAGUUUUUACCUUUUACAGUAACCAUCUUUUUUCAUCUGUCAAUUUUUUUUUUAAGCAAUAUAAAGAAAAACUAUGGUGUGCAGCAGUAUCUAUAUUUAGUUGUUGAUGGUUAACUUUGUCCAUGAUGCUUCUAUCUUCAGUAAAUCCUUAUGAAAGAGUUGUGGACAGUUAUGCCUAUGCAGUGGAUGGAAGUCUCCUAAGGAAUAUAAGGAAAAUUACACUGUAUGCAAAGUGGUUUUGGAAGUUUUGAGGCCAAAGUGGUUUACAUCAAAUGUAUGUAAACUUGUAGGAUUUCAGAGAGUGAUUUAACUACAUAUGUUGAACAGAUAGUAAGUAUACUGUAAUUCAUUUAUAAGCCUGUAACAAUAUAUGUAUGCCUAUGUUGACUAACUAGUUAUUUCUUCUUUAGUUACUUUAUUUGAUGAAUUACUAUAGCUUUCUUAUUAUUUAUUUUGGUUCUUUGUGUUAGAAGAUAUAUCCAGAGUAGAACUAAUGUAAAUGCAAUGGGAUAUUUGUUUUGUCAGAUAUUUUGCCAUUCAUGCUCUAUGUACAAAUUAACACUGCUUAGCAGCAAUGGCUCAAAAGAUUUAAAAUUUUGAUGCAAAUUAUGACAAAAGUAUCAUAUGACAAAAGUAUCAUUAACUAGGCUGCUCAGCUGAUUAACAGUUAUCACUUUACUGAAAAAACCUGCAAAGGCUGCAUUGAAAGAAAAUAAUUAACGUGACAUCGAUUGUAAUUAAAGGUACUGUCUUCAAAGGAAUAGUAUUAGCUUAUAUCAAGUGCACAUGCAUGUUUUAAACUUCAAUGCAUAGCUGCUUUUGGCUUUUAUUUUUGCAUACAUAAAAACAAAAAUGCAUUAAACUAAAUUAAAAGGCUCUCUUGCCCAAAGUUCUGUGCAACAAUGUAAUAUGUAGUCCUGGCAGACUUAUUUUCUUUCAAGAAAACAAGCUGUUUAAUAUCCAUUUUCAACUGAAGGUUUUCUGCACUGAAAAAUGAGGCAGUAGAAAAUAUGUAUGCUUGCAGGUGGUAUGUAAUUUUUUAAGAAAAAUAUAAACUACGUAUAGCUAUGUAUAGUACAAAUCCAUUAUUUAUUAUCAUCUAAUUCAAGUCCUACACAAAACUUAAGACACUCCAUUCCCAAAUAACAAUAAAAGAACGUCUGUUGGCUGCUUGGCAGCUCUAGAUAUGUGGCCCUUAUAUUGAGAUAAUCGGCCAUCUCUCCAAAGAGGAAAGGCUAAAGACCUGGGAAAGACACUUGUUAUUGAGUAAGAAUUGUGGCUCAACCAUAAGCUGGCCAUAUUCUCUUAAGACUUGGCAAGUAGAUUGACCUCAAAGUUAAAAUUUUCACUCAUCAAAAACUUCCUUGGGACUCCAAUACUUGAAGCCAGUUGCUAUAUAGUUUAAUACCAUUCUAGAGAUAAUAUUCUCACAAACAAACAAGGGAAGCUUCCUGAGCUACUGCCAAAGGUGAUGACCAUUUGGACUCCUUGGGUGCAAGAAACUUUUUAAAGUGUGAAAAGAUGAAUAUCAAAAGAAGUUCUCUCAUUUGACUGUAGCAAUAAUAUAACAAAUAGACUGCCAGCAGCUUCAGCCAUCUGAUUAGAUUAAAGGUGGAUAUCUCAUUCUAUUGGUAAUGAAUGUAUUAAAGUUUGCUUGUUGGAGGGCCUGGAAUUCACUUUAGAGUGGAAGGCAGCUUCAUGAAAGUUUGUCUAGCUCAGUAUGAGACGAAGUGAACUGAUGCAGGCUUCAAAACUGGAUACAAAACUGGGUUUAGAAGUCGAAGGAAAAUAAGCUGAUAGCAUUCUUCAGUCCAAGUUCUUUCUCAGGAUUUGUGGCGUUCUGAUUGCUAACAUAACUAGGACACUGCACAGAAGUGAAAUGGUCUGUCCCCUGCCUCUGCUGUUCAUUAGCAAUUUUUAAACCUCCAAUUGGUGGUGCAAAUCCUGUGUGGUCAAGGAUCAGCAUCUUUCCAUGCAAAAUCAUGAAGAUUUAUGAAUGCAAGGAGGAAAGAGUUGUUUGCCUCUGGAGAAGAGGGAACUGAGACCAGCUCACUCAUAUCUCCAACUCUGGGCAUCUACCACUGAAGAUUGUGGCAGAAGCCCUCAGAGGGUAAAUGACAGCCUUAAAUGGUUAAUGUAACAAAGGGCUUCUCCUGCAGUGUAGAACAAUGAUGUUUCUAUCAUCAGUGUGAGGCAGCUAAUUGUAAACUUUUGAAUUGUUUUAAUGAAUUGUACUUAUCAUAGAUGAAGUUCUUAUAUUUCAAGAGUAAAAGACAAUGGUAAUAGUAUAGAUUUAAUUUUGCCAAUGCUUCAGUUUACGUAUCAAGUUUAUUUAGGAAUUACUACUUAAUUAUUGCUAAGUCCAUAAUAUUUUUAAUCAAAGUGUUCUUGAGGAAGGAAUCUUGACCUUUCAAUUAAUGUGUAGUUGACAUCAAGCAUAAAGGUCUUGGUUGUAUAAUUAAGUCAAGAAAAAUUUUAAAUGACUGGAAAAAGUGCAAAUCUGGGCAUUUGAAAAAUAGUAUUUUACAUGAAGGUUGUAUACUCGUAACUUGCAUAAGAAUAAAAUGUCUGCUAAAAUUGUAUAGUACACUAAUGGGAGAAAGUAAAAGUCUCAAAAUUUUU